AAACAGAAGGCCGGGCCUUCCUGAGCCGGGAACUAGCCCUGGCACGCGGGCCGGUUGGAAUUGCCUUUAGCCAAAGCCAAGUUUUGCAACAAGCCUUGGUUCCUGUGCCCAGAUGUCCAAGACACUGUCUACAAGGAUCUCCAAGGACAUGACUUUCAACAAGAACAUCGUGGGGUCCACGGACAGUAGUUUGACUUCAAUCAUUGAAGAAAAGAAGCAGAAACGUGGGAAAACAGGGCCCAAGAUUGCUCCUGACCAUGAGGCGAAUCCUUUCCACAUGUCUGGAGACGUGGAUUUCUUCCUGCUCAGAGAUCAGGAGCGGAAUAAGUCUCGCUUCGAGCGGGAGCAGAAGAAGACCCUGCAGGUGCACCAGAAGAUGACCUACUCGUCCAAGGUGUCGGCCAAGCGCGUGAGCCUGCUCCGCGAGCUGCAGCUGGAGGACGAGACGCAGCACCAGGAGGUGCGCGCCGAGGCCGAGCGGCUGCGCGCCUUCCACGACAGCGCGGCCUGGAAGCUCGCCAUGACCAAAGAAAAGAAGACGGAAUCGGACAGCCUGGACCAUUACAUCAACCAGAAGCGACAGAUGUUCCGCCUCCAGUACGCCCUGGACAUGAAGCAGAAGGAGAUGCAGAGGCUGGAGCUGCUGGUGAGCAAGGAGGAGGCGAAGCUGGCGCGGGCCGAGAGGUCCCUGGAGAAUGACGCCUCCCUGUUCGAGGAGUUUCUCCGGGAAAACGACCAGAGCUCGGUGCAGGCCCUGAAAGCGGCCGAGAAGGAGACCAAAGCGAAGGUAGAGAAGAUCUUGGAGAUCCGAGACCUGACCACCCAGAUCAUGAACAUCAAGAGCGAGAUCUCCAAAUUUGAAGACACCUUGCAGCAUUACAAGGUCUACAGGGACUUCCUGUACAAGCUGUCGCCCAAGGAGUGGCUGGAAGAGAAGGAGAAGCAGCGUCUGGCUCUCCAAAAGGCGCGGGAGGCCACCCAGCCCCCCGCAGACGACAGAGGGCCGGGUCCAAAGAAGUUUUGGAAAUUCCGGCAGGUGGCCCGCCUGGGACAGGUCCUGUCCAGCACCGUGAGCCUCUGGCAAAGAAGCCAUCCCAGCGUGUACAGCGAUCUGGGGUCCAAAGGGUCAAGCUCUACCACCACGACUGAGGACCCAGACAGCGACGAGGAGGAGCUGGAGCUGUACUUCACGGAGCCGCAGCAGCUGCUGGACCUGUUCACGGAGCUGGAGGAGCAGAACCUGUCGCUCAUCCAGAACACGCAGGAGAUGGAGGAGGCGCUGGAGGACCUGAGCAACAGCCUGAGGAGCACCCAGGUCCGCAUGGACAGGGAAGUCAACCAGCUGAAGCACUGGGUCGACACGCUGAUGAUAUCCAUCGCCAAGGAAGAGGAGAUGGUGGCCGAGCUGGAGCUCAAAGCCCGAGUCUUCCACUUCGGCAAGUACAAGGGCGCUCAGGAGGACAAGCUUCUGGAAAGCCUGAACCGCAAGGUGCUGGACGUGUACCGGCACUGCAUCGGCAGCCGGCAGGAGUCCAACCUGGGCACCGUGCAGAUGCUGGCCGUCAUCGAGCACCACCUGAACGAGCUGCUCGAGAACCUGGAGCGCGUCCCCCCGGUCAGGAUCGAGCAGGCGGAGAAGGCCCGGGAGAAGGAGCGUCGCAUGAAAGCGCGCGAAGAGAAGGCGCGGAUGCAGAAGCAGCUGCAGGAGGAGCGUCUGCGGCGCGCCCAGGCCCGGGCCCAGGCAGACGUCAAGAAGAAGAGAGGCAGGAAGCUGGUGUGUCGCUCCCAGCUCCCGGUCCUGAAGGUAAAGGAGGAGCCCGAGCGUGUGCUGAGGGACCAGGGCGAGGAGGAGCAGCUGCUGUUCUUCACCUAGCCCCGCGCUCUGCCCACGGCGCGGCACCAAGGCGGCAGGGAGCAGGCCCGGGGCGCUGGGCUCGCCGCGGCCGGUGCUGGCGCAGGAUGGCCGUGCCCCCGCGGCCCCCCGCUGUGUGUCCCCGUAACUCGAGUGAAAUAAACUCCCCCUCUCCGGUGCCACGCUGGCCCGUGCGAGGAGGCAGGCUGGUUUCCA